UGCUGGUGUGGAUGUCUACCGGUUGGGUGAACUUGUCAAAGAACUGCGGGACAUUCCGUUCGCGAACGCGCGAGGCUGCUACUCCUCCGUCCUGGCAGAGCACGUGAUGUACUCCAUGCUAUACUUCUACCGGCAGACGUGGCGCUCCCUGGCGAGUCGCGCGGAGCACAAGUGGGACCCCUUCCUCAUGGUUGAACUGCGUGGGAGGAAGGUGGGCAUCAUUGGCUACGGCGACAUUGGGCAGGCCAGCGCCAAACUUCUCAGUGCCUUUGGGAUGGAGGUGACGGGUGUGAAGCGGUCCGCGUCCACGAAGGAGGUGGACGAGUACGGCGUGCGUCUUGUGCACGGUGAUGCGGAGCGGGAGCGUGUGUUGCGUGAAUCCGACUUCGUGAUCAACAUCCUCCCGGGAACGGAGGAGACAAAGCGGUUUUUUAACAAAGAGCUCUUCUCCAUGAUGAAGCCGAGCGCGGUGUACAUCAGCAUUGGCCGCGGCAUCACGCAGAAUGAGGAUGACCUUGCGUGUGCGCUGCGUGAUGGCGUCAUCCGUGGUGCCUCUGUGGAUGUGUUUGAGAGGGAACCGCUUCCCGCCGAGUCCCCACUGUGGGACAUCAGUGAUGAUAAGCUUCUUUUGACCGCCCACUCGGCUGACAGGACAGCCAAUUUGGUCCCUGAUUCUGUUCGCCGUUUCAUUGGCCUGGUCAAUGAGUACGCAAAGACGAAGCGGCUCGAUACCUACCUUGUGGACCCGGUGCGUGGGUACUAG